CCAACAUAACCAUAAAGUCACCCCAGUCGUUUUGAUAAUGUUGGCAGUGCUGCUAGUGUUAAUGCCCGCUCUUUCUUAGUCACGAGUGUAGUGAGUGAAUAAAACAUCUGUGCAACGAAUUAAAUAAGAUUUUAAUUAAUAAUUCCGGUGUGAACAACGAAUUUUCAACAAUGAUAUCGGCCGUGAACGAAUUCCUAGAUGAUCUUCGUGGUGGCAGGAUGUCCGAGUCGCCUCUAGUCACGGUGGAGCAAGGGCAGCUCCAGGGUCGGAUCGUAAAUAGCCCGUCCGGGAAGGCCUUCUACAGUUUCCAAGGAAUACCAUAUGCGAAACCCCCGUUGGGGUCUUUGCGAUUUAAGGCCCCACAACCUCCAGAACCCUGGGACGGCAUCAGGGAUGCCACGGCGGAAGGGAACGUGUGUGCUCAAAUCGAUCCAGUCUUCGCGAAAUCCUAUGUCGGCGAUGAAAACUGCUUGUUCCUAAACGUGUACACCCCUAGCACUGAUGGAGCAUUCCUCCCGGUCAUGAUUUGGAUCCACGGUGGUGGGUUCAAGUGGGGAUCCGGCAAUACCAACUUGUAUGGACCAGAUUUUCUAGUUGACAGAGAUGUCGUGGUAGUGACUAUAAAUUAUAGAUGUGGUGCUUUAGGGUUCUUAAGUCUGAAUACGCCUGAAGUCCCAGGGAAUGCUGGUAUCAAAGAUAUAGUUCAAGCCAUUAGAUGGGUGAAAGAUAAUAUCCAUCACUUCGGUGGUAAUGCCGGUAAUUUGACCAUAUUUGGUGAAAGCGCGGGCGCGCGUGCGGUUUCGUUGCUGACAGCUAGUCCGUUAACCAAAAAUUUAAUCAGCAAAGCUAUAAUCCAAUCUGGAAACGCAUUGUCUUCUAGAGCUUUUCAAAGAGACCCCUUACAAAGUGCUAAAGCUUUAGCCAGAAGUUUGGGCUGUGAAGCAGAAGACGUUGAUGAAAUUCUAGAGUUUUUAAUCGCGACUCCAGCCAAAGACUUGGUUGAGGCAGACGAGAAGUUGAAUUCUUUGCAGAAAGUUCUAGAAACGAGUAAUAAUUUGUUUGGGCUGGUAAUCGAGAAGGAGUUUCCAGGAGUCGAAGCUGUCAUCAGUGAACCUUUCAUUAACAUCCUAACAUCAGGUAGAACAGCCAACAUCCCAAUACUAGUUGGAACUACGUCAUUAGAGUACGCCUGCGAGAGAAAGACUGAUGAUCUUCAAGAGUUGAUACCAGCUGACCUGAACCUAGACAGAAACUCAGAAGAAGCCUUGGCAAUCGUAGAAGAAAUAAAGAAAUUGUAUUUCAAAGGGAACCACACAGGAGUGGAGAGUCUACCAGAAUACUUCCAUCUCUUAUCAGACAAGUUGAUCAAUUUGGACACGCAUCGAUACAUAAAAUAUUUGCUCCAAGUUACGAACCGUCCAAUUUAUUACUAUAGAUUUGAUUAUGUGGGCGAAUUGAAUAUCGCCCAGAAGAUCUUCUUUAGUCUUGGACUGAAGUACGCUAUGCACAUGGACGAGCUGGGCUAUCUGUUCAAGAAUGACUUCCAGAAAGACGUGGAGCCGACUCCUGAAGAUAUCAAGAUGCGUGAGAGGAUUGUCAGGCUCUGGACUAAUUUCGCUAAAUCUGGGAACCCGAUACCGGACGAAAACCACUAUUUGAACACCAACUGGCUACCGGUAACAAACGACAAUUUAUACUGUCUAAAUCUAAAUUCAGAAUUAACUUUAAUCUCAAACCCGGACAAAGAGAAGAUGGACUUUUGGGAGAAAAUCUACGACAAACACUACAGAAUCUGGGAUGAAACGACCAACCAGUCUAAAAACGAACCACAAAUCGAUACAUUCAAAAAAGAACCAGAAAUCGAUACAUACCAAAAUGAACCAGAAAUCGAUACAUGCAAAAAAGAAACAGAAAUCGAUACAUACAAAAAUGAACCAGAAAUCGAUACGCCCAAACAUGAACCGGAAAUAGUGUCCGUUAUCGAGACAGUGGUCAUAACCCAAGUCAUGAACAAAGAGACCAGCGUUUCCGAAGAGAGGACAGAAGUCGUGAGUGACUCUGACCAAAUCGACAGAGCCGAAGUUGAAACGCAAAUCACAACUACCACACUCCUUGAAAACAACGAUGGCUCCCAAACUUUGAUAGUCACAGAGAAAACUGAGACUCCCGAACAAGCACCGAGCGUCAAAGAAAUGAUACUGGAGUUCAGUGAACCGGCCCAACUAGAGUCGAAUGAACACAAACCGGUCAAUGACCACAUAAACACUAACGGAGUCGACAAGAAAGCCAGAACUUCGAACGAAAUCAAAAUGGUGCAUAACAGCAACGGUGCUCCAAAGGAGGUGAUCAGGGCUAACGAUCCGCCCGAAGACGAUCUACCCAAGAACAUAGGAGUGAAUAAAUUCGUCAGUUUCUUCGAAUCGCUAGGCGGAAAGAAGUAAUAUUAAUAAUACAACAGUCGAUCACGUUAUAAUGGGAAAUUAAGAUUUUAUAGUCAACUGUUGAAAUUCGGUGUAAUCAUUUCGUCAAAACAAAGCUAAUUCGACCAGUCUCAAAAACCAAAACGGAAAAGAGAAACUUAAUUACCACUAUUAUGCUAUUUCAAUAGGUUGUUUGAAAAGGAUGCAACUAGGCCAUCGUAUUAUUCCGGUGCUCCUCCCUCUUAAUACAAGUUUUUAACUUCAAAUUCAAUUUUAUAAACUUCAAAAUUUAAUUUUAUAUACGACAAAUCCAAUUUUGUAUACGUCAAAUUUAAUUUUGUGAAUUUGAAAUUCACUUUUGUAAAUAUCGAAUUCAAUUUUGUAAACAUCAAAUUCAUUUUCUAUUCCAAGGUUAGAAUUAUUUUUAUUUCGUUUUAAAGUUAACAAAACUAAAAACAAAAAGAAAGAAGAAAACGCAAAAAAAAAAUGACUAUGUCUUCAAUAGAAACUAAAUUUGAUAUUUACAAAAUUGAAUUUGAUGUUUAUAAAAUUCAAUUUGAAGUUAGAAACCUAUAGCAUUAGCUUAACAGAGAUAAAUCCCUUUUACGAUGUGCUGGUCAAGUAAUUUCGUUAAUAUUUGUUGAAAAAAACCCUACACAAAAAUUCUAAGAGUCGUAUAUGCUUAGUUUCAAAAAUAAUAAUAAUUAAGCUUAGGUUUUACUGAAAUGUAAAUGAAAAAGUAUAUAUUGACUAGUUAAGAAUGUGUAUUUUUUUCAAAAUAAAAAAUAAAUAAAAUGGUGCUUAAAAAAAGUAUUUUUAUGCGCACCGUAUGCUUGAAAAAAAAAACGAUGUUUUUAUGUGCACCGUACCGGGUCUGUGGUGUGACGUCACUGCAUAGUAAAAAGCCGCGUGUAAUAAAUCUAUUUGGUUUUAUACAAAAUGGACAUUCCUGAGUUACCAGUAUAAAGUGCCACAUCCAAAAUGUGUUUCUCAAUUUCACGCCUCUAAAUUAUGUAAUUAUUCAGAAGUAGACCCCGCCCUUCAAACCUAGCUCAGUCUGAGUAAUAUGAUUGUCUUUUUUUCUCGUAAAAUUUUUAUGGCCUUGGUAACGAGAUGUUUAAGCCAAGUCUUGUAUAUUCUUCUUUCAUUUUGUUAUAAUAUUUAAAAAGUUAAUGGCGAAAUUAGAUAAAGUUUUAAUUUGAGACUUUAAUUAUUUUGGAUAAGUAAAAUGAGGUUGCUUACUGAGAGUUUUUCAGUACUCUUUGGAAGAACCCGUGAAGUUCGGCGACGUCCGGCGGCUUUGUUUCAUUUCCUCGCACUAGUGCACUGUUCACAGAUGCUAAACAGUCAAUAAGCCAGCGUUAUUACACAUUCAAACCUGAAGGAGCACUAAGCAAAAUGACUAAACAAAGCACUCAACUUCGCUUCUCACGUUCCCGCCAGAAAGCCAAUAUGGUGGUCACAUGAAAGUAACGGUUAGAAUAGACGCCAUUUUAAUGUUUAUAUUUUUUUCAAUUCCUUUGCCUAAAGCUAAAAAGAGGAAGGAGAAGAAGCCAUCUUUAAAAUCAAUUUCACGAAGAGAAACGUUGAGUUUUUUUAUAAUUUUUUUUAUAACGUUAAUUGAUAUAUUUUCGUGUGUAGAAACUAUAGUCAUGUUAUAAUUAUUAAGGUUUAUUUAAAAUAAAUAAAAAAUUACUGCAUUUCUAGAUAAUUUUAAGAAAUUUCAAUGUCGCAUUUAGUUCUUUGAAAACAUUCCAUUAAGGUUUUGACAGUUAAACAAGUUUCAUUUGUCAUGAUGAGCUGCUUGCUGUUUUCAGCAACUUUCAGUCAAAAAGGGACCAACUUUUUUUUUAAAGAGUAAAAUAAUCCGGUUAUAAAUACAGUAAUCCACUCUAUAACACGACAGGUUGGUGCCGCGUUAUCGGGAACGCGUUUUAGGAAUAUUCUCGCGUUGUAGGAGUAUCCUCGCAUAACGCACAUAAAUGACCCCACAUAACGCGCUAUGUAUAAAUAUAAUAUAAAUUAAAAAAUAACCGAUGUUUUUGCAAUUCAAAAACUAGGAACACAAAUUCUAUAAAUUAAUUUUAUUUUAUUUUAUUUUAUAACCACACCUUUGGCACAAUGUGCAAAGAUACGACGAAAUUAAAUAAGAACUGCACAAAUCAUUAUAAAUUUCACAGUAAAGAAAUAUAACGUGUUAAAUCCCCUCGUCAGGUAUAUGGGGGAAUACCCGUAUUAUACGAGGGACCGAAAUCGCGUAAUAUGAAUAUGCGUUAUAAGAGCGCCGUGUUAUAAGGAGGACUACUGUAUUAUCAAAUAUCCAUUUACACUAAUUUUCUCUAUGCGCU